AUGGUACGACCACACACCUGGCCUGCAAAUCCUGACAGGACCACACACCUGGCCAGCAACACUUGGCAGAACCAGGUGUUGUCUAGCCAGUGGUCGUCUGGCCAGUGGACGUCUGGCCAGUGGUCGUCUGGCCAGUGGUCGUCUGGCCAGUGGUCGUCUAGCCAGUGGUCGUCUGGUCAGUGGUCGUCUGGCCAGUGGUCGUCUGGCCAGUGGUCGUCUGGCCAGUGGUCGUCUGGCCAGUGGUCGUCUGGCCAGUGGUCGUCUGAUGAGUGGUCGUCUGGCCAGUGGUCGUCUGGCCAGUGGUCGUCUGGCCAGUGGUCGUCUGGUCAGUGGUCGUCUGGCCAGUGGUCGUCUGGCCAGUGGUCGUCUGGCCAGUGGUCGUCUGGCCAGUGGACAUCUGUCCAGUGGUCGUCUGGCCAGUGGUCGUCCGGCCAGUGGUCGUCUGGCCAGUGGUCGUCUGGCCAGUGGUCGUCUGGCCAGUGGUCGUCUGGCCAGUGGUCGUCUGGCCAGUGGUCGUCUGGCCAGUGGUCGUCUGAUGAGUGGUCGUCUGGCCAGUGGACGUCUGUCCAGUGGUCGUCUGGCCAGUGGACGUCUGUCCAGCGGUCGUCUGGCCAGUGGUCGUCUGGCCAGUGGUCGUCUGGCCAGUGGUCGUCUGGCCAGUGGACGUCAGUCCAGUGGUCGUCUGGCCAGUGGUCGUCUGGCCAGUGGUCGUCUGAUGAGUGGUCGUCUGGCCAGUGGUCGUCUGGCCAGUGGUCGUCUGGCCAGUGGUCGUCUGGCCAGUGGUCGUCUGGCCAGUGGUCGUCUGGCCAGUGGUCGUCUGGCCAGUGGUCGUCUGGCCAGUGA